AUGGCAGAAAUUACUUUAGGUAGAUAUCUUUUCGAAAGAUUAAGACAAUUAGAGGUUAUGACCAUUUUUGGUUUACCAGGGGAUUUCAAUUUAAGUUUAUUAGAUAAAAUUUAUGAAGUUGAUGGUAUGAGAUGGGCAGGUAAUGCUAAUGAAUUGAAUGCCGCUUAUGCUGCUGAUGGUUAUAGUAGAAUCAAAAGAUUAGCUUGUUUAGUUACUACUUUUGGUGUUGGUGAAUUAUCAGCCUUAAAUGGGGUUGGUGGUGCUUAUGCUGAACAUGUUGGUUUAUUACAUGUUGUUGGUGUACCAUCAAUUAGUUCUCAAGCUAAACAAUUAUUAUUACAUCAUACUUUAGGUAAUGGUGAUUUCACUGUUUUCCACAGAAUGUCUAAUAACAUUAGUCAAACAUCUGCUUUUAUCAGUGAUAUAAGUUCAGCUCCUGCUGAAUUAGAUAGAUGUAUUAGAGAUGCUUACAUUUAUCAAAGACCAGUUUACGUUGGUUUACCAGCUAAUUUAGUUGACUUGAAAGUUCCAGCAUCUUUAUUAAACAUUCCAAUUGACUUAUCAUUAAAACAAAAUGAUCCAGAUGCUGAAGAAGAAGUCAUUGAAAAUGUUUUAACUUUAAUCAAACAAAGUAAAAACCCAAUCAUUUUAGUUGAUGCUUGUGCUUCAAGACAUGAUUGUAAACAAGAAGUUAAAGAAUUAGUUGAAAUCACCCAAUUCCCAGUAUUUACUACUCCUAUGGGUAAAGGUGGUGUUGAUGAAGGUGGUGUUAGUGGUGAAUUAUAUGAUAACGAUCCAAGUUUAAUCAAGAAAAUGACUGCUAAAUUAAAUGGUACUAGAUCCGCAGCUGCCAGAUUCGGUGGUGUUUAUGUUGGUACAUUAUCUGAACCUCAUGUUAAAGAAGCUGUUGAAAAUGCUGAUUUAAUUUUAUCUGUUGGUGCUUUAUUAUCAGAUUUCAAUACUGGUUCUUUCUCUUAUAGUUACAGAACUAAGAAUGUUGUUGAAUUCCAUUCUGAUUACACCAAAAUUAAACAAGCCACUUUCCCAGGUGUUCAAAUGAAAGAAUGUUUACAACAUUUAUUAAGAGUUGUUGGUGAUGCUUGUACCGAUUAUGAACCAGUUCCAGUUCCAAAAGUCAAAUUAGUUAAUACUCCAGCUCCAAGAGAAAAAGGUUUAACUCAAGAAUGGUUAUGGACUAGAGUUUCUUCAUGGUUCAGAGAAGGUGAUAUCAUUAUUACUGAAACUGGUACUUCAGCUUUCGGUAUUGUUCAAUCUAAAUUCCCUAAUAACACCAUUGGUAUUUCUCAAGUCUUAUGGGGUUCCAUUGGUUAUACUGUUGGUGCCACUUUAGGUGCUGUUAUGGCCGCUGAAGAAAUUGACCCAAAUAAGAGAGUCAUCUUAUUCGUUGGUGAUGGUUCAUUACAAUUAACUGUUCAAGAAAUCUCCACCAUGGUUAAAUGGAACACUAAACCAUAUCUUUUCGUUUUAAAUAACGAUGGUUAUACUAUUGAAAGAUUGAUUCAUGGUGAAAAUGCUUCUUAUAAUGAUAUUCAACCAUGGGACAAUUUAGCUUUAUUACCAUUAUUCAAUGCUAAAAACUAUGAAACCGUUAGAAUCUCCAAUAUUGGUGAAGCUGAAGAUUUGUUCACUUCAAAAGCUUUUGCAACCAAUGAUAAAAUUAGAAUGGUUGAAGUUAUGUUACCAAGAAUGGAUGCUUCAAGUAACUUGGUAUUACAAGCUCAAUAUUCUGCUCAAACUAAUGCUGAAAAUUAA